UACAUUCAGUCUAUAUCAGCGUACCAUUCGCGACAGUUUGUGUUUGUUAAUUCUGACAAUUUUUCGCUGUUCUCUUUACAACUCCGUUGUUCAGUAAUUUUCCGGAAGAUUUUCUUUUUUCGAAAGUUCAUUUUACUGUUUCGAAAGUGAUAAAUUAGGAAAAUAAUUUAGCCAAAAUGAGUCGCACACCAAAAGUUUAUGUUAUCGGUUGUGGCAUGACCAAAUUUGAAAAGCCCGGUCGCCGCGAAAAUUUCGAUUAUCCACAAAUGGUCAAAGAGUCAGUGACAAAAGCCUUAGCUGAUGCCAAAAUAAAUUACACAGAAAUUCAACAGGCUUGUGUUGGAUUUGUGUCAGGUGACUCAACAAGUGGUCAACGUGCUUUGUAUGAAGUGGGCAUGACAGGCAUUCCAGUUUACAAUGUAAACAACAAUUGUUCAACAGGUGCCACAGCACUGAUGUUAGCGAAACAAUUAAUCGAAACGGGCAACAAUGAUUGCGUUCUUGCUGUUGGCUUUGAAAAAAUGCAACGAGGAUCUCUGUCGCUUACGCAUACCGAUCGUGCCAAUCCUAUGGAAUUUCACUUGGAGAGCAUGAGCAAGGUACACGAUAUUACUGCGUCGCCAAUAACUGCACAAAUGUUCGGAAAUGCCGGUGUUGAGCAUAUGAAACUGUACGGUACCACACCCGAUCACUUUGCCAAAAUUGCGUACAAAAACCACAAACAUUCCGUGAACAAUCCGUACGCUCAAUUCCAAGAUUACUACACGUUGGAUCAAAUCAAGAAAGCCCCACACGUCCAUGCGAUGCUGACCCGUUUAAUGUGUAGUCCCACCAGUGACGGCAGUGCUGCUUGUGUACUGGCAUCGGAAGCAUUUGUGAGACGAAACGGCCUUGAGGGUCAAGCCGUUGAAAUUGUCGGCUUGGAAAUGGCAACUGAUGUCCCAGCGUCGUUCAACGAAAACAGUAUGAUGAAAAUGGUCGGCUAUGAGAUGACGAGGAUCGCCGCUCAAAAGCUGUUCGUUAAAUCCAAUUACAAGCCCCAAGACGUCGAUGUCGUUGAGUUGCAUGAUUGCUUUGCACCCAACGAAUUGAUCACCUAUGAAGCGCUAGGUUUGUGCGAUGUGGGCAAAGCAGGUGAAAUGAUUGAUCGUGGCGACAAUACGUACGGCGGAAAAUAUGUGAUAAAUCCAAGUGGUGGUUUGAUCAGCAAAGGUCAUCCGCUCGGAGCAACUGGCUUGGCUCAAUGUUCGGAAAUCUGUUGGCAAUUACGUGGAUUAGCUGGCAAACGGCAGGUGCCGAAUGCUAAAUUGGGACUUCAACACAAUAUCGGUUUGGGUGGUGCGGCUGUUGUCGGUCUGUACCGUCUAGGAUUCCCGCAGCAAAAUGUUAAACUAAAUUUGACUAGUGGACAGAUCAGUGCCAAUGGUGAAGGAUUUUUGGUGACUCCUUACCUGAAAGUGUUGGAACAAGCCAUGGAAGAGGACAAAGACAAUUUGAUUGCCAAAGUUCGUGGAAUUUACGGCUUUAAAGUAACGAAUGGACCGAAUGGUGCAUCUGGAUACUGGGUUAUAAAUGCCAAGACCGGAAAGGGUAGCAUCACCUACAACGGAACAGAGAAACCAGACGUUACAUUCAUCAUAUCCGAUGUGGACGUUGCUGAAUUAAUAUCUGGUAAAUUGCCGCCACAAAAGGCCUUUUUCCAAGGAAAGGUCAAAGUUCAGGGUAAUAUGGGGCUGGCUAUGAAAUUGGUCGAUUUGCAGCGGACCGCUCAGAAUCGUAUCGAGGAGCUUCGGUCGAAAUUGUAAAUUUUUAUCGUUCGCUAUCAAUUAGUAGGAGCAGCUGGGGUCAAUUGGAUUUCUAUAAAAAAAAAUUGUUUCUUGUACGAGUUAAGCGGUGAUUUUGUGCAAUCGUGUUGGAAGGCAUUUUCGUUACAUUUUAUUAGUUGAUGGUUUCUGUUUUGUAAACUGAAUUUUCCUUUUUAUACAAAUAAAUAUUUUUACCUAA